AAAAAAAAUGCCACACACCCGCGCUUUUGGACCGACAAAAGGAGCAGAAUCCGCGUAAGAUUGACUCUAUGGUUGUACGGUACGGGUCUACUGCUCUGGCGCAUAGAAGUUUCUCGAAUUGUUGUACUUUACUCAAUCUAUAACUUCGUGGAUUAUCAUUGAAAUUUGACGACGUAGAAGAAAGAGCGAGAAACUACAUUUGAUUGAUUGUUUCCUAGCCAGAACAGAAGAGGUCUUGUUUGCUUCUUCCUCGCGCCACACACACAACACAGAGAGAGAAAGAGAGAGAAUGUCCGGAGGGAUCGCGCGCGGUCGUCUCGCCGAGGAGCGAAAAGCCUGGCGUAAGAAUCACCCCCAUGGUUUUGUGGCGAAGCCAGAGACUGGUCCAGAUGGCGCCAUCAAUUUGAUGAUCUGGCAGUGCAUCAUCCCUGGCAAGAGCUCUACUGAUUGGGAAGGUGGCUACUUUCCACUUACACUUCACUUCAGUGAGGAUUACCCCAGCAAGCCCCCUAAGUGUAAGUUCCCACAGGGCUUUUUCCACCCCAAUGUCUAUCCUUCUGGAACUGUUUGUCUUUCGAUUCUCAACGAGGACAGUGGGUGGAGGCCAGCCAUUACAGUGAAGCAAAUCCUAGUAGGCAUUCAGGAUUUGCUAGAUCAACCCAACCCUGCUGAUCCAGCACAAACUGACGGUUAUCAGCUCUUCAUCCAGGAACCGGCUGAGUACAAGCGAAGAGUGCGGCAGCAGGCAAAGCAAUAUCCACCUGUUCUUUGAUGUGUGCUUUUACUAUAUAUGAUUAUCAACUCAUUGAUUAGUUCAAGAAAUUCAUGCCCACCGCUCUCUGCAAGACUUGAUCAACCUUAUAAGUGCGUUCUCAGUUGACUUGCAAUUUGCAAAUUUCACUUGAUAGUUUUUAUUUAUUUAUAAAUAUUUAUGGUCGUUGCUGUUUUGGCAGUGGACGUGCUGCCAUCGUAUGUAUCAUGGUUAUUCUCAUUGUAAUGAAAGUUUAAAAAAAUUCGUGGACAGUAGAAGCUCUUAUGCACCUUAAAACUUCAAAACUCAGUUUUUGAUGUAGCGAUGAUAUUGACUAAUGUCCUUCUGAUGAUUGUUUAUUGUUGCCA